GAAUCUCUCCCCACCUCCCCCUCGCCCUCCGCGGCUCCGCCCCGACCCGUGAGCGACGCAUCGCGGCGCAGCCCCACCACCCCUCGUCUCCCGCCGCAUCUCCGCGGCGCGGUCCUCCCCGACGAGCCGCCGCCGCCGCUCCCCCUCCAUCGGCCAGGCUGAAGAUGGAGGGAGCUGGCAAGGAUGGGAAUCCAUUGAGGAAUUACCGGAUUGGUAAGACUCUGGGGAUUGGCUCAUUCGGGAAGGUGAAAAUUGCGGAACAUAUAAGCACUGGACACAAGGUGGCAAUUAAGAUCCUCAACCGUCGUAAAAUCAGAGGCAUGGAGAUGGAAGAGAAAGUUAAAAGAGAGAUUAAGAUAUUGAGGUUAUUUAUGCACCCACAUAUCAUUCGCCUCUAUGAGGUCAUAGACACGCCGGCUGAUAUUUACGUUGUUAUGGAGUAUGUUAAGUCAGGGGAAUUGUUUGAUUACAUUGUUGAGAAAGGUAGGUUGCAGGAGGAAGAGGCUCGCCGUUUCUUCCAACAGAUUAUAUCCGGUGUUGAAUAUUGCCAUAGAAACAUGGUGGUGCAUCGUGAUCUAAAGCCAGAAAACCUCCUAUUGGAUUCGAAAUGCAAUGUUAAGAUAGCAGAUUUUGGUUUAAGUAAUGUUAUGCGGGAUGGUCAUUUCCUCAAGACAAGCUGUGGUAGCCCAAAUUAUGCUGCUCCUGAGGUGAUAUCUGGUAAAUUAUAUGCUGGGCCUGAAGUUGAUGUGUGGAGCUGUGGGGUUAUUCUUUAUGCACUUCUAUGUGGUACUCUGCCAUUUGAUGACGAGAACAUACCAAACCUUUUUAAGAAAAUAAAGGGUGGAAUAUAUACCCUUCCCAGCCAUUUGUCAGGUGCAGCAAGAGAUUUGAUUCCACGAAUGCUGGUUGUUGAUCCUAUGAAGCGGAUCACCAUUCGUGAGAUUCGUGAACAUGAUUGGUUCAAAGUUCAUCUCCCACGCUAUUUGACCGUGCCUCCUCCAGAUAGUGCACAACAAGUUAAAAAGAUUGAUGAGGAAACUCUCCGUGAGGUUAUAGGUAUGGGCUAUGACAAGAAUCUGUUGGUGGAAUCAAUCCAAAAUAGACUGCAAAAUGAGGCAACUGUUGCAUAUUAUUUAUUGUUGGACAAUAGGCUCCGUACAACCAGUGGCUAUCUUGGAGCUGAAUGUCAAGAAGUUAUGGACUCCUCAUUCUCAAAUAUAGCAUCAUAUGAAACACCAAGUUCAGCACGUGGGAAUCGACAGCAAAUAUUUAUGGACUCACCAGUUGGCUUGAGACAGCAUUUUCCAGCUGAGAGGAAAUGGGCUCUUGGGCUUCAGUCACGAGCACAUCCCAGAGAAAUAAUGACUGAAGUGCUGAAAGCUCUGCAAGAAUUGAAUGUUUACUGGAAAAAGAUUGGUCACUAUAAUAUGAAGUGCAGAUGGAAUCCUGGCUUUCCUGGUCAUCAAAUUCAUAACAAUCAUAACUUCAGUGCGGAGCCCAUUGGAACUGAUGGCCUGAGUGAGAGGUUAAAUUUAAUCAAGUUUGAAAUUCAGCUUUACAAAACAAGAGACGAGAAAUACCUCCUCGACUUGCAAAGAGUCAGUGGACCACAACUCCUCUUUCUGGACUUGUGUGCGGCCUUUCUAGCUCAGCUGAGAGUUCUUUGAUUCCCGGUGUUUGCCUUCCAUCAAUUGCAUUCCUUGCGUUUCACUAGAGGAAUGUCAAAUCACUCACAAAGCUGUAAAUAGUAAUCUCUCCAGUAGAUUGAAUUUCUGGAGUAUGUAGAUUGUAGACAUGCGAAGCUGUUGUGCCCGGCUAUCCUCUGAGCUAGACUUUGUGGGGCAAGAUGCCUCUGGUUCUUUACGGCUGGCCGGCUGCCAGUGAAGGCACUAGGAUAUACAGUGAACUAGUGAUAAGUGCUUUCGCUGGCAAAAUGUCUAUCUACAUGAAUAAUUUCAGCUAUUACAAUGGUUUAUUGAAAGCUGAGCUGCUUACAGGCCACAUGAGAUGAUAUUUGAA